UCAGCAUGGUGAACAGAUAAUUAAUUACCUGGCUGAUGGUCACCAUGGGUGCCUGCCUCUGCAAAGGUCACCAAGAGAGUCAGAAUGGCCAGCAGUAUCCCAUGGGAGAACUUCCAUCCUGGACAGAAGGACAGCCCAUUGUACAAGGCAAUCAUCAGCCGUACAAUGGCUCUGUGACUGAUAAGAAGAACGACAAUGGCUAUAGCAUCGGAGAGCUGGCUACAUCCUCCUUGAUUGGUCUGGUUGCUACCAUUAAGGAGCACAUAACCAAACCAACGGCAAUGGCACAGGGACGGGUGGCGCACCUGAUCGAGUGGAAAGGCUGGGGAGGGGAGGGGACCGCUGGUGGAGGUUGGUGUGGCUGGAACAGGGAAGGAGGUUGGGGAGGAGCAGGAGCUACCCUGCAGGAGGAUGAGCAGCUUUACUCCCACCUGACUGAUGAGAUCAAGGAGGCACGAUUUGCUGCAGGGGUGGCUGAGCAGUUCGCCCUGGCUGAGGCAUCAUUAAGUGAAUGGCCUUCACAAGAUGUAAAUCAAGCCACAACCAAUGCAGCCACUUUACAGGCCCGUGAAGGCCUCUAUCUUUCUCAGUUUCUCAUGGAUGGAGGAAGUUUAGGGGUUCCCCAGCACCUGUACAGCCUGCACGUGGAGGCCAAUGCUGAACCUGGCUCUCAGCCUAAUAUUCAAGCUCCCCAACCCUUCUACUGCAGCCUGGUGUUACAGCCGGAAUUACAGCAACCCCUACAGGAGCAGAGGACUUUACCAGCCAACGGUCCUGUCCGACACGCAGACAGCAGCUCCGAGGAUGAAGUCUUCUAUAACUGAACUUUUGAUGUCAGAGAACGCAGGAUGAGUAAAAAUGAAAAAAGGUAGUUUGGAAGAAGAAAGAAGUGAAUGUUAAGCUAAUCUUAUAUGACAAGAGUAAAGGUUUACAUAUGACUUGAACUUGUGUACUAUGAGGCCAAAAAUAUAUAGAUACAGCUUGUGAUUAAUGGGUUUGGUUAUUACAACUCUACACAUUGUUAACAAGUGUAUUGCAAUUGGUGUU